UCCCGUUGUCUCCUCUUCUCCUCCAGCUGAUCCAGUUGUCUCCUCUUCUCCUCCAGCUGAUCCCGUUGUCUCCUCUUCUCCUCCAGCUGAUCCAGUUGUCUCCUCUUCUCCUCCAGCUGAUCCAGUUGUCUGCUCUUCCCCCCCCCAGCUGAUCCAGUUGUCUCCUCUUCCCCCCCCCCCCCCCAGCUGAUCCAGUUGUCUCCUCUUCCCCCCCCCCCAGCUGAUCCAGUUGUCUCUUCUUCUCCUCCAGCUGAUCCAGUUGUCUCUUCUUCUCCUCCAGCUGAUCCAGUUGUCUCUUCUUCCCCUCCAGCUGAUCCAGUUGUCUUAUCUUCCCCUCCAGCUGAUCCAGUUGUCUUCUCUUCCCCUCCGGCUGAUCCACUUGUCUCCUCUUCCCUUCCGGCUGAUCCAGUUGUCUUCUCUUCCCUUCCAUCUGAUCCAGUUGUCUCCUCUUCUCCUGAAUGACCCCCAAGGAUGGACAAGGACAGGAAUGAGAUGACUAAGAGAAUAUUACACUUCACCCUGGAGAUCCUCCACCUGCUGACCGGAGAGGUGAGGAUUACACCAUAGUGAAGAAAACAUGGGGGGAGUGUGUGGCCCCCAGCAGCCAUCUCCAUGAGUCAAGAGGAUGGAGCAGGGCCCGGGGCCCCAUCACAGAGCCUCCACCUCACUCACUGAUACAUGAGGAGAAGAUCCUAGAACUCAUCCACAGGAUCACUGAGCUCCUGACUGGAGAGGUUCCUAUAAGGUGUCAGGAUGUGGCGGUCUAUUUCUCCAUGGAGGAGUGGGAGUAUGUAGAAGGACACAAGGAUCUGUACCAGGACAUAGUCGUGAUGAAGAAUGACCCCCCAGGGGUAGAUGAGGACAUAAUCCACAUGACUAGGAGGACACUAGACGUGGCCCUAGAGAUGAUCCACGUGAUAUCUGGAGAGGAUUACAUCAUAAUAAAGAAGUUGUCUGAAGAGAUUGUUACCCCCCACGUGACAGGAGGAUGGAGCAGGGCCCGGGGCCCCAUCACAGAACCUCCACCUCACUCACUGAUACAUGAGGAGAAGAUCCUAGAACUCACCCACAGGAUCACUAAGCUGCUGACUGGAGAGGUUCCUAUAAGGUGUCAGGAUGUGGCGGUCUAUUUCUCCAUGGAGGAGUGGGAGUAUGUAGAAGGACACAAGGAUCUGUACCAGGACAUAGUCAUGAUGGAGGAUCACCGGCCCCUCACAUCACAAGGAAAUCCCAGUAAUGAGGGAAACGUCAUGUUAUCUGUGAGUGAUAAAGAAGAUGAUGGAGAGAUCAUGGAGCGCUCCUCAGGAGAAGAUGGAGAGAUCAUGAAGCGCUCCUCAGGAGAAGAUGGAGAGAUCAUGGAGCGCUCCUCAGGAGAAGAUGGAGAGAUCAUGGAGCGCUCCCCAGGAGAAGAUGGAGAGAUCAUGGAGCGCUUCUCAGGAGAAGAUGGAGCGAUCAUGGAGCGCUCCUCUGGACAAGAUGGAGAGAUCAUGGAGCGCUCCUCAGGAGAAGAUGGAGAGAUCCUGGAGCGCUCCUCAGCAGAAGAUGGAGAGAUCAUGGAGCGCUUCUCAGGAGAAGAUGGAGAGAUCAUGGAGCGCUCCUCAGGAGAAGAUGGAGGGAUCAUGGAGCGUUCCUCAGGAGAAGAUGGAGAGAUCAUGGAGCGCUCCUCAGGAGAAAACCUCCUUACCCCUAAUGUCCAUCCAGAUCUAUCUUAUAAUAAUCCCCCUGAUCAUGGGGAACCUUCUCCUGACCGACCACACAUUGUCACCACAAGGACAGAGAAGAGAGGGAGGAAAAGGAAGCCGUGUGUUUGUUCAGAAUGUGGGCAAUUCUGUUUCUCGCAAUCACAGCUUGUUAUACAUGAGAGAAUUCACACAGGAGAGAAGCCAUAUUCAUGUUCAGAAUGUGGAAAAUGUUUUAAAAGUAAACCAGAGCUUCUUAAACAUGAGAGAAUUCACACAGAAGAGAAGCCAUAUUCAUGUUCAGAAUGUGGCAAAUGUUCCACAAGUAAAGCAGAUCUUGUUAAACAUAUGAGAACUCACACAGGAGAGAAGCCGUACCCAUGUUUAGAAUGUGGGAAAUGCUUUAUAGGUAAAUCAGAGCUUGCCAAACAUAAGAGAGUUCACACAGGUGAAAAGCCAUAUUCAUGUUCAGAAUGUGGGAAAUGUUUUUCUCAAAAAUCACGUGUUGCUGUACAUGAGAGAAUUCACACAGGAGAGAGGCCGUAUCCAUGCGCAGAAUGUGGGAAAUGUUUUCCAGCCAAAUCAUACCUUGUUAUACAUCAGAAAAUUCACACAGGAGAGAAUGCAUAUCCAUGUUCAGAAUGUGGGAAAUGUUUUUCACAAAAAUCAUAUCUUGUUAUACAUAAGAGAAUUCACACAGGAGAGAAGUUAUAUUCAUGUUCAGAUUGUGGGAAACGUUUUACAAAUAAAUCAGAUCUUGUUAUACAUGAGAGAAUUCACACAGGACAGAAGCCAUAUCCAUGUUCAGAAUGUGAGAAAUGCUUUAGAAGUAAAUUCCAGCUUGUUACACAUCAGAGAAUUCACACAGGAGAAAAGCCAUAUUCAUGUUCAGAAUGUGGGAAAUGUUUUACGCUCAAACAACAGCUUAUUACACAUCAGAGAAUUCACACAGGACAUAAGCCAUAUUCAUGUUCAGAAUGUGGAAAAUGUUUUACAUGUAAAUCAGCUCUUGUAAGACAUGAGAGAGUUCACACAGGAGAGAAGCCAUAUUCAUGUUCAGAAUGUGGGAAAUGCUUUGCACAAAAAGCACUGCUUGUUACACAUGUGAGAAGUCACACAGGUGAGAAGUCAUAUGCAUGCUCAGAAUGUGGGAAAUGUUUUAGAUAUAAAUCAGGACUUGUUACACAUGUGAGAAAUCAUACAGGAGAGAAGCCAUUUUCAUGUUCAGAAUGUGGGAAAUGCUUUACACAAAAAGCACUGCUUGUUAAACAUUUAAGAAAUCACACAGGAGAGAAACCAUAUUCAUGUUUAGAAUGUGGGAAAUGCUUUACACAAAAAGCACAGCUUGUGUCACAUGUGAGAAGUCACACAGGAGAGAUGCCAUAUUCAUGCUCAGAAUGUAGGAAAUCAUUUACAUAUAAAUCAGCUCUUGUUACACAUGAGAAAAGUCACACAGGAGUGAAGCCACAUUCAUGUUCAGAAUGUGGGAAAUGUUUUAUAACUAACUCAGAUCUUGCUCGACACAAGAGAAUUCACACAGGAGAGAAGUCAUAUGCAUGCUCAGAAUGUGGGAAAUGUUUUACAAAUAAAUCAGAUCUUAUUAGACACCAGAGAAUUCACACACGAGAGAAGUCAUAUUCAUGUUCAGAAUGUGGGAAAUGUUUUAUAAAUAAAUCACAUCUCGUUAAACAUGGGAGAAGUCACACAUGAGAGAAGUGAUAUUCAUGUUCAGAGUGUGAUAAAUGUUUUAUAUAUCAAUCAGCUCUUUCUAGACAUAAGAGAAUUCACACAAGGGAGAAGUCUCAUCAGUCAAACCUCCCAGUGAGUUGUUGAAGGUGAAAGGAUUUAUAGGGAGAUGGUCCUUAAUAGAAAUGACAUGUGACCUAAGUCCUGUAGAACAGUAUCCAUGGCUUUGUUACUGGAUAUCUAUACACACACCUUUUAUUGGUGAAUGUAGGAAAUCUCUCAGAGCUCACACACAUUAUUAAAAAGGGAAUCUUGUAUUAACCCUUCUGACCCCUCCUUAUCUUCUCACGUCAGAUCAUUGGAUACACCCAGACUUUUAUUUCCUCCUUCAAAAGUUAUUGGAGUAAAAUCAGGUCAGAUUCGCCACUUCUUAAAGAUAAAAACAUUCAGUUUUUCUUUUAAUUUCUUUUAAUUUUCCAGAUAUACAUACAAACAUCAUUAUUAACAUGUACAUAUGUAAUUACACUAAUCCUUAUACAUAUCUAUACCCUCACCUCACUGAGAGAGAACACCCAGCAGAACCUUUAUACCCAUUUCUCCUAUAAUACCUCCGCUUUUUUCCCCCAUCAUGGACAGUCCGGACAUCAAUGAAGAAGAUUAAACCCCUCUCAUUCCCCAUUCUUCCCUUUGUUGGUCUUAGUCUUGCAAUAAAGCUUUGGGCCUGUGAGUUCCCCUCCCCAUCCCCUGUUUUCCCAACCCCCUUCCCCUAUCACAAUCCACUAUGCCUUGUUGUUUGACAUUGUUAUUUUUUUUAUAACAUUUUUAUACUGUAUACAGGAAUGUUAGUGUAGCAUGUGGUAUGAUGUAUAAUGUAGAGAACCUGUGCUGUAUAUUGUACUAUCAUGUAUAUAAUGUGUGCAGGAAUGUUAGUGUAGCAUGUGGUAUGAUGUAUAAUGUAGAGAACAUGUGCUUUAUAUUGUGCUGUCAUGUAUAUAAUGUGUGCAGGAAUGUUAGUGUAGCAUGUGGUAUGAUGUAUAGUGUAGGGAACCUGUGCUGUAUAUUGUACUAUCAUGUAUAUAAUGUAUGCAGGAAUGUUAGUGUAGCAUGUGGUAUGAUGUAUAGUGUAGGGAACCUGUGCUGUAUAAUGUACUGUCAUGUAUAUAAUGUAUGCAGGAAUGUUAGUGUAGCAUGUGGUAUGAUGUAUAGUGUAGGGAACCUGUGCUGUAUAAUGUACUGUCAUGUAUAUAAUGUAUGCAGGAAUGUUAGUGUAGUAUGUGGUAUGAUGUAUAGUGUAGGGAACCUGUGCUGUAUAAUGUACUGUCAUGUAUAUAAUGUAUGCAGGAAUGUUAGUGUAGCAUGUGGUAUGAUGUAUAGUGUAGGGAACCUGUGCUGUAUAUUGUAUUGUCAUGUAUAUGAUUUAUGCAGGAAUGUUAGUGUAGUAUGUGGUAUGAUGUAUAGUGUAGAGAACCUGUGCUGUUUAUUAUACUGUCAUGUAUAUAAUGUAUACAGGAAUGUUAGUGUAGCAUGUGGUAUGAUAUAUAGUGUAGAGAACCUGUGCUGUUUAUUAUACUGUUAUGUAUAUAAUGUAUGCUGGAGUGUUAGUGUAGAAUGUGGUAUGAUAUAUAGUGUAGAGAACCUGUGCUGUUUAUUAUACUGUUAUGUAUAUAAUGUAUGCAGGAAUGUUAGUGUAGCAUGUGGUAUGGUGUAUA